AUGAUUCAGAUCAGUGCAAAGGAGGUCGAAAUGACAGCUCAAGGACGGUGUCAUUUACGAGACCUGCACAACAUCACUGAUGCACAGGUCGAGUCACCCGAACCUAUGCUGGCAAACGGCACGACAUCAUCAGCAGUAGUUUUUGUCGGUACCGGACCGUCUGGCGAUCUGGUACUAUACGUAGGGACAACAUUUGUCAAAGGGCUGUUGUAUCGUGACGACAUCCCAGCUGUGUCAUCUCUUCGUUUGUCGCGUGGUCGCGAUGGCGAUACGAAAGAGUUCGAACUGGUUGGUAAAGGACUUGCAACCGGCACGGAGGUCAGCCUAGAAGGGAAAUUUCGGAGUAGUUACAGGAUUGACUAUGUUGGAGGAUUCGAAUCGGGAAAGUAUGCGUAUUUUGCUACCAGACAGGGUAAGACCUUAGGAGAAGAUGCACCGAUUCAGUCGCGUAUUGUUCGGGUCUGUACUGGAGAUUCGCAUUUCUACAGAAGUGAUGUUGGAAUGUACGAAAGAUGA